AUGGAUCCCUCCGCUUUCCCUAUGCCAAAAAUCCUCGACGGCUACAGCUAUACAGAAUGGCCCGACCUUACCGCCGACCGUUCACCUCUUGAUUGUAUUCACGUUGCGUCAGAAGAUAUUGCGGCGCACGGAAUGUCUGAAGAAACCAUCCACGCAGUUAUUCUUUCUGCCCUAGCGCGGAUACUGGGGGCGUAUUGCGGCGCCUCCGACAUCCUCCUCGCCGUUCAAGUGGGACAGAAUGAAGAUGCCGCGUUUGUUAGGAUUCUGUGGGACGAAACGAAGCUUUGGGAAGAGCUUCUCGCCGAAUCCAAAACAGCAUUGCUCGACGCGGUCAACCAGCCUGUGGCCGAUGAACUCAUUCGCGAAGCUCUCUCUCUAUCGAACAGUCAGUAUCCCUGCAUGGCACUCCUCAAUCUCGACGCGCCGGUUUCGCGGGUCAGCGAUCGAUAUCCAGCGAUGCUAUCCUACCAUACCUCCAGCUCUCAAUUAAAGUUGUUAGCCCGCACUACAGUCCUUCAUCCGACCAUCUCAAAUCAGAUUGUUGCCCAGAUCUCAACACUUAUCGGACAUAUCCUUUCACAUCCCCGCGCAAAAGUUGCGCAGACGCCCCCUUUUCCGCCGGAACUGAUGUCGAUCUGCGAACGAGGCACCGAGGAAGAAGUCGCUUCGGCGUACCCGCAUCUUCCGGCGGUCGACUUCGCUCCGGACUAUCUUUCCAUGAGAGCCACGGACAUGCCUUCCGUAGAGGCCGUUCGUUGGUAUUCAGAAUUGUCUUUGGAGUCCCCUCAGCUCGAGUUCGAGUCCGUCUCGUAUACCAAUUUCCACAAGAAGGCCAAUCAAGUGGCACGUUGGCUGCUACACCUGGGCUUGAAGGAGGAAGAUCGCGUUGCCGUAUGCUUGGAUCGUAACUUGCAUUUUCAUACAGCUAUGAUGGGAAUAAUGAGGGCUGGUGCCUGCUAUGUGCCUAUCGACCCCGAGCUCCCUUUGGAGCGCAAACUCUACAUUGCCAAGGACGCGGCCGCGACUUUCGUCUUGACGUCGACUAGCAUCGCCAGUCCCGAGGUAUUUGGAAAGCGCACAUUGUACAUAGAAGAAGAGAGUUCUCAGAAUGAAAUCAGUCGCGAACUAGAUGACGAUGUCAACUGCAUGAAGCUGGAUAAUCUAGCGUAUCUUCUGUAUACGUCGGGAACGACUGGCAAUCCGAAAGGAUGUCUAUUGACGCAUAGAGGCCUUUCUCAGGCUAUUUUGGCCCUUAGCAGUACUGCAGCGGAUGUUCGUAUGGACAGUACACACCACGGUCGUUAUUUGGCUGUUGCAUCAAUCGCAUUUGACGUCCAUUUGGCCGAGACGAUUGUUCCCAUCGCACUCGGGAUGCCGUUAUUCAGUGCACGACGAUCUCAACUCCUGGAGAACCUUCCAAUAUACGUCAAAGAGCUGCAGAUAACCCACCUCGGGAUCGUUCCAAGUUUAAUCGAAGCAACACUGAAUGCCGCGCAAGGUGGGGUGGAGGGAAGUGACAUCGCGCUGAGGUACAUCGCCAGUGGAGGAGAGAAAAUGAGCGACUCGAUCCUCGACAAGUGGGCCAAUCACUCUCAAGUUCGUCUGGCCAAUUUUUACGGACCCAGUGAAGUGACCAUUGGCUGCUGUGCUCGGUACAUGACACCCUCCACUCCAAGAGCUAACAUCGGCCGUUCCUUUGCGAAUGUAUCCUCAUAUGUCGUUGAUGCGGACCUCAAUAUUCUCUGCCGGGGAAGUGUUGGUGAACUCGUUGUAGAAGGACCACUAGUGGGUCGCGGGUAUCACGGACGACCUGACCUGACUGCCAAGGUAUUUCUCGAAUGGCCUCGUCCUGGGUGUUGGGCGUAUAGGACAGGCGAUCUCGUUCGGAUGAUGCCAGACUCCACGAUUGAGAUAGUCGGCCGAAUUGACACUCAAAUCAAGUUGAGAGGUGUACGUAUCGAAUCUGAAGGCAUUUCUGCCAUCGUCCGGAAGGCCGCUCCCCCGACCAACAAUUUCGUCCUUGACGUCACCACGAUCCUCGCCAAACAUCCGGCGAUCGGUGCCGAUCAGCUUGUGUCUUUGUUUUCGUGGGAAAAAAAUCCUAUAUCUAUCCGGAAGUCCAAACGGCCAGAGGUUGCUAUUCCUCCUCCAGGGUUACUGAAGCAGAUCAAAUCAAAAUGCGAACUAGAGCUCCCCGCGUACAUGCGACCGAGCCAUUUCAUUCCCCUUGGCUGGCUUCCACUUAGCUCUAACGGGAAGACAGACGUGAAAAUACUCCUCGAUAUCUUCCAGAAGUUGGACGUUAGUGUCCUCGCCAAACUAUCGACCAUUCCGGAUAGCUCAGCUUCGAGGCCAUGCACGGAAGCGGAGAAGAAAGUGUUUGAGGUGCUCUGCAGACACGUCGCAUUACCGUUCGACGAUCCCCAGCCUGAUAUCAACGUCUUUGAAUGUGGCCUCGAUUCCAUGGGUGUUAUUCGGUUUGUCACGGAGCUUCGAGGGAUCUUCAACGCGAAACUCUCAGCUUCAGACGUCAUGAAAUCACCUCGUCUUUCGGACAUUGCCUCACAACUCCGACCAUCAAUUCCCCAGUCUGGAGUUAGCCAACCAUCCAAAUCCAUAGCUGCUAUUGAAGGCUCUCUUGAAGAAAUCAGUUCGGUUUAUGGGUCGAACAACAUUGAUCAGAUUCUCUCCCCAUUCACUGUUCAAGAAGGCGUUUUGGCACGGUCCGCAGACUCAGACACCCUCUACGUUCAGCAUAUUCUUCUCCUCUUGAAACAGGACGCGUCUCUGCCAAAGCUCCGUCAGGCGUGGAACGCUGUUUCUUCGAGACACUCCGUUUUGCGAACUGUUUUCUUCUUCGGCAGGACACUGGCCCAGGUUGUGCUUAAGGGCGGAAUCUGUAAGCUCCAGUGGAAGAAGCAAGCCUUUCAUGAGGGAGAGUCUUCAUUCAGAGACUUCUUCCUCGGUCGGGAGGCAUUAGCCAUCACCCGUGACAUCAACCAAAACAUCUCCACCAUACCACCCUACCGGCUCCGUGUAUAUUCCUCAGCGGGGGCAACACAUCUCGCGUUGUCCAUUCAUCAUGCCCUGUUCGAUGGAAUUGCUCUUCCGGUCCUUUUUCAACAGGUGGAACGGGAGUACUUCGGUCUACACCCACGCACUAUGGCUCAACCUUUGGACAUCCUCGACAGGAUAGCAUCCAUAAACCUCGACGAUGCACAGACGCUUUGGAAGACACAUUUUUCAGGAUUUAAAUGGGCGCCCUCGACCCUUGUUGCCAGCGACCCUCUGUCAACCCAGCGCCUGAUAGUACCCUUCAAGGCCCCAUUGUCGUCUGUGAAGCAACUUGCAACUGCUCAGCAGGUGACGCUGCAGGCCCUCUUCACCUGCGCCUUUGCAGAUGUCGCAGCCAGGAGGAUCUAUCGACGACGGGAUAUAGCCUUUGGGGUCCUCCGGUCGGGCAGGCUUCUCCCAAUCGAAAACAUUGAUGGCGCUCUCGUUCCACUUGUAUCUGUGGUUCCCAUUAGGGUGGAUUUGCGACACACAGAGGGCUCUCUGCGAAAGAUCCAACAGUCCGUCUCAUCGACGAUUGAUUAUGAACACGUCCCACUAGGAAAAGUCCAGAGUUGGGUUAGACCUGGCCACCCGUUGUUUGAGCUCUUGUUCUCUGUCUCUGUCGAUGCUUCUUCACCAAGCAGCAUCUGGGAAGUCAUUGAGAGCGAACCUCCCGAAUCAGAUUACCCGCUGGCUGUAGAGGUUGUUUUGAACCCCAAGAAUGAUUCUCUGCUUGUGCAAGCCGCGUGGGUAGACGGAGAGCAUUCUAGCCUGAUUCGUGACUGUCUUCAAGAAUUCGAGCGUAUCGUCCAUGAUCUUGGGCAGAACCCAACCCUGUAUCUCGGGCAAUCCUUACGUCAUCUUCCUCUCGACUCUCUGGAUCUUGACGACCCUCUGGAUGUUAAGGAACCGAUUCCUGCUAUCGACCACGAUUCUAUCGACCUUGCCUUGUUGAACGACUUGCGCGACAUGAUUUCUAAUUUCUUGGGGAUCAACCCAAUCGUCCUUACACCCUCGAUGUCUUUCGUGUCCAUGGGUCUCGAUUCCAUCAAAUCUGUUGGCCUUGCCAAAGCAUUAGCCAAAAUCGGUUUCUCUGUGACGUCCACUGAUUUAUUGCGAAAUUCCACUCUCGCAGGUCUAGGUGCCCACCUUACGUCCAAGAAAUCCAAGACAACUUUAUGCCUGCCGGAAGAACUCCUUGACCCAGAUAUCAGGUCAGAGUUGGAUAAGGAGCAGCUGACUCUGUCAGAGGACGAUAUAGUCCGACCCUUCCCGACCACAGCUCUCCAAACUGGCAUGUUAUCACAAACUAUCAAUUCACAAGGAAAGUUAUAUGUCCACAUGUUCCCCUUGCGCCUGUCUCCAGAAAUCGAAGCCAAUCGCCUUCAAGAGGCUUGGAAGACUGCCAUCGGAACUUUUGCCAUCCUGAGAACCACCUUCCACUUCUUAACCGAUGCGGGGAGAUGGGUUCAAGUGGUGCACACGACACAAGAUUUGAAGUGGUCAGUGGCAUGUCUGAGUGGUGACGAUGACUACGCGACCGCCCUCGAAGACUUUUCCUCAGAUAUCAGACUUUAUGAGGAGACCAGCUUCAGGCGACCACCAUUUUGGAUCCGACUCUUCCAAACUCACACUGACGAAGGCAAGGAAAGCCCCACAUCCCUUGUUUUCGCAAUGCACCACGCUCUCUACGACGGACUCUCCAUUGGCAAAUUGCUAGAAGCCGUGGAGACCUUUUAUCGCGGGCAACCUUUCGAAUGCACGAAGCAAUUCCAUGAGCUUCUGCCUCACUUCGCGAUGCAAGAAAAAGAGGGAACACCGUUCUGGUUAAACAAGCUCCGCUUAUACCACCCUGGCCGUCUUCAGCGCAGCUCUUCGGAGUCAACGUCGGUUAUUUCGGUCACCAGCGAGAAGUAUGUCCCAUUCAAGGACGGAGAAGUGAAGGCACUCCUAACCCGCGCAGCUGUCACUGCUCAGUGCAUUGGGCAAGCCGCGUGGGCCAAGCUUAUCUCCAAGUAUACUGGCGCGUUGGACGUCGUCUUUGGCCAUACGGUUUCUGGACGUAGCAUACCUGGGGCAGAAGACGUUAUUGGGCCAGUGUUGAACACGGUCCUAUGUUGUCUUCGCCUGCGCAAAGACAUGCGCAACAUAGAUUUUCUACGGUUGAUACACGAGUUCAACCUUGAAGCUCUUCCUUGGCAGCAGGCGUCCUUGCGCGAGAUUCAGAAAGCACUAGGUGUCGAUAAAAUCUAUGAUUCUCUAUUCCUCUUCCAGAUGGGGAAAGCUGAGCAGAAUGAAGCACGGCUAUGGGCGUUCGAUGAAAACGUAACAGACCGGGAUGUCCAAAUACAGUAUCCCUUAAAUGUCGAAAUGUUUUAUGACGAUUCUGGGUUUACUCUCAAGUGCGCUUCUUUGUUGAAUUACUUCGACCAGAUCGCCCUAGAGGAGCUUGUCAACAACCUUCAGCGAAUUCUUGAGGAGUUUAUUGAAGAUCCCAACGACCUCAUCUGUGAUGGCCUUCCCAAACUUUCCAACGGUGACGCUUAUGUCAAUGAUUUUGCACGUGGAGAAGCUAUGGAGAGUGCUGUUGUACUCUCAGAAGCGCACCCAAUGGUCGAUCCUUCAGUCUACCUGCCGAUCCUCGCGUCGUUAACCAAGGCGCCAGUUGCGCUAAUACAGCCCUCCACAUCCCUCGUUGCUCUGGGUAUCGACUCCAUUACAGCUAUCCAAGUCAUCGGAAAGUUUAGGCAAGCCGGAUUGAAGAUCUCUGCUAGCGACGUCAUUAGCAGUCAAACCAUUGGCGAAAUGCUUCAGAAGAUGGUUCCCAUACAGAAUAUCGACCCUCUUCACGAACUCGAAGUCAGCGAAGAGGUCUCCGAUGAUGAGAGGGUCGCUAUUUGUGGGCGAAUUGGGUACCCGCCCAAUGAAGUAGAGGCAGUCUCGAUAGCAUCUUCCGGCAUGAAGUGGUUGAUCGGUGCCUGGCAAAAGAGCUGCGGCACCCGUUUCCAACAUGUUUUCCCCUUCGAGCUUCCGUACGAUAUUGACAUCGCGAAACUGAGGUCAGCGUGGUACGACCUAGUCCGACGGCACCCAAUUUUGCGGUCGACUUUUGCUUGCGCUCCAGGCAAACAAGAGCCAAGAGUGGUCACUUUCAAGCCCUUUCCGCAAUCGUCGUGGUCAGAGGAAUUUGUGAGAGAAGAUGUCUUUUUCAGGUCAAUCCUGCAAAGGAUGAAGACCAUGGUUUCAAACCCUCCGUCGACGUCUGCGCCCUUCACUCAAGCGCUUCUCUUCGGAUCUAAUCGCCAUUCUUAUCUGAUCCUCCAUUUACAUCACUUCCAAUACGACGCUUGGAGCCUUCAGCUUCUCGUGCACGAGUUAUCGUCUGUAUACAAAGGUCUGACUACCAACGUUUCUCCCGACAUGCAUUCUUUCCUCCGGUAUUCUGUGCCAAACAAAAAGCACCUUGCCGCACAGGAGAAAUAUUGGAAGGGCCAUUUCCCUACUCGUUUCGAACCUAUCCUCUUCCCUGUCUUGAAUUGUGACGCUGGCAACAUCCCUCCCAUACGACGACUUAUUCGAACCAAUAAAGCUUGCAUUCGAAACGUCUCCCAAUACGAAACACGAGCUCGUCUUCUCGGAGUCUCUCUACAUUCAAUCAUGUUGGCAACAUGGGCUCGUGUUCAAGGCGACAUCUCCUUCAGUUCUUCCUCUACCUUCGGUCUUUGGCAUUCGGGACGAACAGGUGGGUUGGAAGACAUUGGCGAUCUCGCCGUUCCCUGCAUGAACGUGCUGCCAAUGCAUGUUUCUGCCAUUGACAGGAAUCUCCUGGAGGUGGCCAGGUCUAUCCAGCAGGAUCUCCAGCGGCGCACGUCUAUCGUCGAACAAAGCGACUUGGUUCAAGUGGGUGAAUGGGUUAAUAAAGCUCGCAAGCCGUUAUGCAACGUAUUCGUCAACAUCAUCAAGGUGGCACCGGAUGUCAGCGCUCGAGACACGAUCAUGAAACCUGCAGCAGCGCCAUACUUCGUCCCGGACAGUGUUGUACAUCACACCGAUGACACUGUAGGCAACCUUCCUGUGACGCAACUUAUCAAGGACGACAUUUUCGUCGACAUCGCGGUGAUAGACAAGACGGAUGGCGUGCUGAUGUCGAUCGAUGCUGCGGCCUACAUGCUAGAUGAAAAGCAAGCCGAUAUGCUGAUCUCGAGAUGGGUGCAGGAGGUCGAGAAAAUCUUAAAAUCAUAG